AUGAGUGACUCGGAGGACGAAGUGCUAGACUACGAAGAGGAGGCGCCUGAGGUGGAGCUGGGCUUCAUAUGCGACGAACCCGUGGCGCUCGAUACCAAGCCGCUGCAUUGCGAGCCCGACUGGACCAAGUGGGACGGCGGACAGGUCGGCGGACGUCCGAGUUGGCUGAUUCCGUCCACCUCGAGCAUUCCGUCCACCGAGCAGCUACAAUGCGUUGAGUGCCAGUCACCGUUGUCCUUCUUGCUACAAAUUUACUGUCCACUUGACGACGAGGAGGACGCCUUCCACCGCAGCCUGUACGUCUUCGUAUGUCGCUCUCCAGGCUGCAGUCGUCAAGGAGAUGGAAAGGCUUUUCGCUUGCAGCUUCCCAAGGACAAUGCGUUCUACGCUGCUGAAGGAGGAUCAAUGCAAUUGAAGUCUAUAGAGCCCAAGGUGGACCUCUGUGCGCUGUGCGGACAACGCGCGACGUUCACUUGCAGCGCGUGUCAUGUGGCCCAGUACUGCAGUAAAGCACAUCAAAAGGACCAUUGGACGAUAGGAGGACACAAGCAGACGUGUGCACAAUGUUUGGAGACGCAGUCGUUGGUAGAGUCGGAGGAGGCUAGAGAGAAGAUGAUCUCCAAGGGAUCCAAGUGGGUUUUUCCCGAACAAGAUCUGGAGAUCGAUCAUGAACCAGACAGCAGAGAAGCAGUGAACGAGUACGAGGCGAAGCUGAUGGCCGAGUUUGAGAAGAACAAGGACAAGAAGGAUGAAGGAGAGGAUGAUAUGGACAUGGAUGUGACACAGCGUGAGCUGAACGACGCACUAGGCCAUACCAAGGACCAGGAUCCUCAGUACGUGCGCUUCCUUACACGCGUGGCACUCGCCAAGGACCAAGUUUUGCGCUACUCCCGCUGGGAGAACGAAGCCGUAUUGUGGGUACACUCAGAAGGAAUGCACACUGGUGAUGUCCUGCCAUGUGAGCGAUGCGGUGGCGAGCGCAAGUUCGAGUUCCAAGUGCUGCCUCAGCUGCUGAACUACCUUGGAGUGGACCACCAAAGUUCUCUUGGAGACAUCACAUCACGUAGUUGCGAGUGGGGAACGCUCGCCGUGUAUACGUGCGCUAAAAGCUGCCCACUGGAGUCCCAGUGCGCACAGGAGUUCCUGCACUACCAGCCUUCAUACGCUGGCACCGUUUAG